GUUUUUUCUCUUCAUUGGAGGGUUAAAAGCUAAUCAACAACAAGACAUGUAAAUACACAUUCCUUAACCACACAAAUAUGAAAAACUCUAAAAUUUAGCACAAACUCGGUCAAAACCUAAAAACAACCCCAAAGGUGUAGUAAUUUCCCAAAAAUAGCUUCUUCCAAUCUCAACCAACCAUUUCUCUUUCCCUUCCAUGCAAGCCAUGCAAAAAAAAAAAAAAAAUCCCCCAUAAAUUGCUCCCUCACCUCCACAAUUUGAAAAUGAUUCUAUAGCUUCUGCAGUGUCUUCUCUACUUGAUCUAGAGAACCAACGACACUGCACCUCCUAUAGAAUCUCACCUCCUAAUUAUUAGACCUUAUAUACCCCUAAAACAAAAACAAAAAAGGAAAGAAAAAAAAUGGCGCGACAACUUCUCGUCAUUGCCCUCAUCCUCGUCGCCGUCGUCGGCGCCCUCGCCGCGGACUCCCCCAAGAGCUCCCCGUCGCCGAAGAGCUCCAAGGCCCCCUCCGCCUCCCCGCCCAAGUCCGGCGACAAGGACGACUCCUCCUCCUCCUCCUCGCCGGCCAAGUCUCCCAAGGCCUCCUCCCCAAAGGCUUCCUCCUCUCCGGCCAAGUCUCCCAAGUCCUCCGCCGGAGAAUCUCCCGCCGAGUCCCCCAACGGCGACGACUCAUCCUCCGACGACUCCGCCUCUUCCCCGUCCGGCGAUGAAUCCUCCGACGCUCCGUCCUCCGACUCCUCCGCCGGUUCUCCGGAAGCCGACGUGUCUUCCCCACCUGCCCCCACCACCGAGGCCCCCGCUGCUGACGUGGCUGCGGCCGACGCACCCGCCCCUGCUAGCGGUGUCGAUGGCUUGAAGUUCUCGUACGUCGCUGGCUUCGCCUCCGUCGUCGUCGCUGGGCUCUUCUUCUAAAUUUGAGUUCGCGAUGCGGUUUUAUUUGUUUGUUCUUUUUUAAUUUGGGUUGAAGACUACGGAUGAGAGAGCUGUUAAAUAUGGAAUUAAUUCAUCUGUAUGUACUCAACUUAUGUUUAAUAUAUGUUUUUUUCCUUAAUUAAUGAAAUUAAUAUAUUAUUGGAUACAAGAGGCGUGGCCAGGCUUCUGGUAUCCCUAGCUAAUAUACAUUUGGUUUGCUUUAAUUAUUUACCUACUUUUUCUGCUGGGAUAUUAGGUAUUGUGUUGUUCUCAAUUUCAUAGUCGUUUUUAUUGCACAGCAUAUAUAUAUUUAUAUUGAGAGUAAAUUGAACGUCAACUAGCUAGUUUAGUUGGACAAGUGUAAAUUUGUUCAUUCGUGGGUGUUUGCUCAUUAUGGUGGCAGUGAUUUUGCCUAUACGGGUCAAAUAAUACUCAAUUAUAUUUAGGCCAAAUCGUAAAAUAUUGAGUAUAAUUCCAUUUUGUUUCCAAAUUAAAAUUAUUUUAUGUCGUUUCGAUUCCAUGGUUUAUCUUGAAAAACAUAGAAAGAACAAUGAAAAAUAUGAAAGUCAUACCAAUUCAUAUCUGCUGUCGAACUCUCUCACAAUUGGGUUAUCCAUUUGUUCAUCAUGAACCAGCUGCAUGCAACUCUAUUGAUCAACAAAUUUUGCCCUAUCCACCCAAUCUCGAAAGUAUUAAUCUAUUUUAUCAAAUUAUUAUAGAAAAAAUUAAAAAUUUGAUCCCCAACUCGAACAAUAAGUUAAAAUCUCAACUUACUCUUCACGUACAUGUGAAGAAUAUAAAAUAUUGGGCAGCCUUAAUAAAUUUUGUGCAUAGAGUUAUAUAUCUCAUCCACAUAUUAAUCUACGAAUCAAUGACAUUUACGAAUUUGAAGAACUUUCCAUGUGAUUUCGUUAUCCCAAGACAACUAUUUUGACUCGUCAAGUGACAGUAUUUAUAUAAUUCUUCUUAGAGUCAAAAUGCUAGUUUGGAAUUUUUAGAUUGAUGUUACCAUGCUCAAAUUUUCGGAAUCAACCCAUUGUACAUUUACACAAAUAGUUUAAAGUAUGAAUGAGCGACUUAGGACUUGGUCUAGUGGUAUUAUCAUUAGUAUUGAAUUUUGAAGUUCUAUAUUUGAAUUUCUCAAGUAAUACUUUAAUAAUGAUAACAAACAUAUAUCUCCAUUAUGACGUGCCAAAUAUAUGAACAAUUCUAUAUUAAAAUCAGAUAAUACAUGAAAAUUGAGGUGAUAUGUCCUUAUCAUAGGAGUUCGAUCCAACAAUAAAAGCAGUGGCGGAGAGAGAAGGUUAGAUCCACCCUCAAUCAAGAGGAAAAAUGGUAAAUUAGGUAUAGUAGUUAGUGGGGUAUGAAAAAUAAUACAUACUUACAUGAGAAUGAUUGAUCUUUUAAAUAUUUGGUGUAUGUUUUAUAAGUUGUGUAUUGGCAUAUUCAAUGUUUUUAUAACAAGCUAUGUACAAACGACCAUGGUGCAUAUGAUUUGCCUAAAACUAAGAUAUACUUAUUCAAUAUCUACAACAAAUUUUCACUAAGUCAUAGCUAAUUUGUAAAAAAAAAAAAUUUCAAUCAGGGUUAGGGAGAGUAUAAUGGAUGACUCUUAGUGACGAAAAUAAGUAAAUUAGUGAAAUAAUUGAUUGAUAAUGAAAUUUAGGGAACUUCUAAUUGAUAAUGGUUGGCCGAGAGAUCAUGUGUUCGAAUCUUGGCGACUCCAUUUAAUUUGUUAAGCAUAUGAUAUUCGAAUUUGUGAAAACUUUAAGAACGUAUAAGUUGAUUUUCGUUAGUGGGGAAGUGUUGGUAAAUACUAAAUAGUAUAAGAUCCA